AUGACGUGCAUGCCGGCUGUGUCUGCCCCAUCCGUCCUCGCGCCGGCCCCGGCGUCGACCCGCACCCACCUCUGCUACUCAACGGAAAUGCGACGCGGCGCGCUCUCCCUCCGUCCCGCCCGCGCUAUCCCCACGUUGAGGCUCGGCGGCCACCGCGACGCCCGUGGCGCUGUCGUCGUCCGCGCCACUGCGGCAGAGGGAGCCGUGGAGCUGCAGGCCAAGGUGACGAGCAAGUGCUUCUUCGACGUGGAGGUCGGCGGGGAGCCUGCGGGCCGCAUCGUCAUCGGGCUCUUCGGAGAGGUCGUACCUAAGACCGUCGACAACUUCCGUGCGCUCUGCACUGGUGAGAAAGGGUACGGCUACAAGGGCUGCUCCUUCCACCGGAUCAUCAAGGACUUUAUGAUUCAAGGCGGGGACUUCCAGCAAAACAAUGUAAGCAUUUUUUACCUCUACGCAAUUGGUCUGAAUGGCCACUGCAGAUUUUGUUAAA